AUGGAGCGAGUGAACGACGCUUCCUGCGGCCCGUCGGGCUGCUACACCUACCAGGUGAGCAGACACAGCACGGAGAUGCUGCACAACCUGAACCAGCAGCGCAAAAACGGCGGGCGCUUCUGCGACGUGCUCCUGCGGGUGGGCGACGAGAGCUUCCCAGCGCACCGCGCGGUGCUGGCCGCCUGCAGCGAGUACUUUGAGUCUGUGUUCAGUGCCCAGUUGGGCGACGGUGGAGCUGCUGACGGGGGCCCCGCUGACGUGGGGGGCGCAGCGGCGGCCCCGGGCGGCGGGGCUGGGGGCAGCCGGGAGCUGGAGAUGCACACCAUCAGCUCCAAGGUGUUUGGGGACAUACUGGACUUCGCCUACACUUCCCGCAUCGUGGUUCGCCUGGAGAGCUUCCCUGAGCUUAUGACCGCCGCCAAGUUUCUGCUGAUGAGGUCGGUCAUUGAGAUCUGCCAGGAAGUCAUCAAACAGUCCAAUGUGCAGAUCCUCGUGCCCCCUGCGCGGGCGGACAUCAUGCUCUUUCGUCCCCCGGGGACCUCGGACUUGGGUUUCCCUUUGGACAUGACCAACGGGGCAGCCUUAGCCGCCAACAGCAAUGGCAUCGCAGGCAGCAUGCAGCCUGAGGAGGAGGCCGCACGGGCAGCUGGUGCAGCAAUUGCGAGCCAGGCCUCCCUGCCUGUGUUACCUGGGGUGGACCGCUUGCCCAUGGUGGCCGGACCCCUGUCCCCCCAGCUGCUGACCUCACCCUUCCCCAAUGUGGCAUCCAGUGCUCCUCCCCUGACUGGCAAGCGAGGCCGGGGCCGCCCAAGGAAGGCCAACCUGCUGGACUCAAUGUUCGGGUCCCCGGGGGGCCUGAGGGAGGCAGGCAUCCUUCCGUGCGGGCUGUGUGGGAAGGUGUUCACUGAUGCCAACCGGCUCCGGCAGCAUGAGGCCCAGCAUGGUGUCACCAGCCUCCAGCUGGGCUACAUCGACCUUCCUCCUCCGAGGCUGGGUGAGAACGGGCUGCCCAUCUCUGAGGACCCCGACGGCCCUCGAAAGAGGAGCCGGACCAGGAAGCAGGUGGCGUGUGAGAUCUGCGGCAAGAUCUUCCGUGACGUGUACCAUCUCAACCGGCACAAGCUUUCCCACUCGGGGGAGAAGCCCUAUUCCUGCCCCGUGUGUGGGCUGCGGUUCAAGAGGAAAGAUCGCAUGUCCUACCACGUGCGCUCCCACGACGGGUCCGUGGGCAAGCCCUACAUCUGCCAGAGCUGUGGGAAAGGCUUCUCCAGGCCUGAUCACUUGAACGGACAUAUCAAGCAGGUGCACACUUCUGAGCGGCCUCACAAGUGUCAGACCUGCAACGCUUCUUUUGCCACCCGAGACCGCCUGCGCUCCCACCUGGCCUGUCACGAGGACAAGGUGCCCUGCCAGGUAUGCGGGAAGUACUUGCGGGCGGCGUACAUGGCAGACCACCUGAAGAAGCACAGCGAGGGGCCCAGCAGCUUCUGCAGUAUCUGUAACCGAGGUUUCUCCUCUGCCUCCUACUUAAAGGUCCAUGUUAAAACCCACCACGGUGUUCCCCUUCCCCAGGUCUCCAGGCACCAGGAGCCCAUCCCGAAUGGGGGAGCAGCGUUCCACUGCGCCAGGACCUAUGGCAACAAAGAAGGCCAGAAAUGCUCGCAUCAGGAUCCGAUUGAGAGCUCCGACUCCUACGGCGACCUCUCGGACGCCAGCGACCUGAAGACGCCCGAGAAACAGAGCACCAACGGCUCCUUCUCCUGCGACAUGGCGGUCCCCAAAAACAAAAUGGAGUCUGACGGCGAGAAGAAGUACCCCUGCCCGGAGUGCGGGAGCUUCUUCCGCUCCAAGUCCUACUUGAACAAACACAUCCAGAAGGUGCAUGUCCGCGCCCUUGGGGGCCCCCUGGGGGACCUGGGCCCCGCCCUCGGCUCGCCUUUCUCUCCCCAGCAGAACAUGUCUCUCCUCGAGUCCUUCGGGUUUCAGAUCGUUCAGUCCGCGUUCGCCUCGUCCCUGGUCGACCCUGAGGUCGACCAGCAGCCCCUGGGGCCCGAGGGCAAAUGA